CACUCUCACCCAACCACCCAUAUCUCUCCUUCUCCUGAUCCUUUCCCCACACACGAUCACACUCUACAAAGCUAGCUCCCUCGCUUACACACCUCUCCCUUUCCUCACCCUUCUCUCCACUGCGCCAUACUCGAUCUAUACUAGAAGAGCUUAGAGACCACCAGCGCCGCAGCUCGAUCGGAGGCUUGAUCUGAGGAGAGGAGAGGUAGCCCACCAGCUGCUGCUCCUGCCGGCCGAACCAGCAACCAUGUCGGGAGCCAGGCAUGACCACCACAUGCUGUCCGGGGACUUCGUGUCCCACGACGAGCUGGCGGCGAUGUUCGAGCACCAGCGGGCCGACGCGGCACCACCAGCGACGCAGCAGCCGUGGUUCAUGGACUACCUGCACGCGGUGGCGUCGCCUCUGGACUGCGACGCCUUCGUUUCGGGCUUCGACGACGUGCCGCCGACCGUUGACGAGAUAGUCAAGAGGGAGCUUCUUGUGGACACCGCGGCCACCGGCGGCGCCGGAGCGACGACGACGGCGCCGCUGACGCCCAACAGCAUGUCGAUGUCGUCCACGUCCAGCGAGGCCUGUGGCGCCGGGGCGGGCGAGGAGUUGGCGACCGCCGGCAAGUCCAAGAAGGAGGAAGGCGACGGGGAGGGGUUCGAGAGCAAGGACGGAGACGCGGCGGCGGCCAAGGGAGACGCGCAAGGGCAGGAGAAGAGCAAGAAAGGGGCGGCCAACAAGGGGAAGGUGAAGGGCGAGAAGCGGCCGCGGCAGCCACGGUUCGCGUUCAUGACCAAGAGCGAGGUCGAUCACCUCGAGGACGGCUACCGGUGGCGCAAGUACGGCCAGAAAGCCGUCAAGAACAGCCCGUUUCCGAGGAGCUACUACCGGUGCACGACGCAGAAGUGCCCGGUGAAGAAGCGGGUGGAGCGGUCGUACCAGGACGCGGCGGUGGUGAUCACCACGUACGAGGGCAAGCAUACGCACCCCAUCCCCGCCACGCUGCGCGGGAGCACGCACCUCCUCGCCGCCUCCGCGCACCACCCGAUGAGCGGCCUCCACCACCACCACCACCUCCGGGUGCCGGCGGCGCUCGGCGGCGCCAAUGACGCCUUCGACGCGCUCGGGCUCCUGCAGCAGCAGGCCCACCACCACGGCGCCGUCAUGCAGCAGCUGAUGGCGGCCGUCGGCGGCGACGGCGGCGCCGGGCUGCAGCAGGUGAACGCUGCCGCCAUGUCGGGCCACGUGGCGCUGGCGGCGGACGACCAGCACGGCUGGGCUGCCGCCAUCGCAGGUGUGGGAGCGGCGGCCGGCGGUAGUACCACUGCUACUGCCACCGCUGCGGCGGCAACUCCUGCUGCUGCUGCUAGCGCUCCGCUCCGGAUGCAGCACUUCAUGGCGCAGGACUACGCUGGGCUCCUGCAGGACAUGUUCCCACCCUUCGUUCACAGCAGCGACGGUGGCCACCAUCAUCACCACCACUGAAUGAUGACGACACGGAGAGUUUUUCUGCCUUGAACGAUCGAUCGAUCGAUCGGGAGCUAGCCAUCGAUGAUGAUAGCCAGAGCGAUUUGGUACGUUGCUGUUAACUUUUGCUGUCACCUGUACGAUGAUGCGAUCUGAGGUCGUAGCUAGUAGCGUAGUAGCAUCGUCGAUCAGUAGUAGUACGUACCAGGAUCGAGUUUGUUGUACAUGUACCUGAUUACUAAUUAAUGAGCUCAUCAUCAAAGCUUUGCGCU